AACGCGCUGGCGGGUGGCGGCACACGGGCGCAGCACAGAAACUUUGCCAACGAGCCCCAAAUAUCCCGGAUAAAAUAGCCAAAACGCUCCGCGAUUUUUCCUUGCAAAAAAAGGGCGCUGAACAGACAAAAAGGAAAUAAAAUAUUCAUUCCUUCCGCUCACCAUCCCGCAUCUCGAGCUUCACCACCACCUCACUCACUCCCACCCUUCGAGCGGCUCGCUCAGCUCCACUGGCGGCGAGAUGCGGAGACAGAUCCUUCCAGUCUCCCGCCUCGUACACCUCGCGGCGGCUGUCGCGCUGCUCGCCACCGCCGUGGCGGCGGCGGCGUCGAAGCCGGGGGCCGUCGCGGUCAACGUGACGGGCGUGCUGUCGGCGUUCCCGGACCUCGCCGACUUCACGCGGCUGCUGGCGUCGAGCCCCGUCCUGGCGGAGCUCGCGGGGCGGUCGUCGCUGACGCUGCUAGCCGUCCCGAACGGCAACCUCCCGCAGUCGCCGUCGGCGUUCGCGGCCGCGUCGGGCGCCGACCUCGCCGACGUGCUCCGCUACCACGUCCUCCUCGAGUACCUCGCCCCCGCCGAUCUCCGCCGCCUGCCGGCCUCCGGGAAGCUCGUCACCACGCUGUUCCAGACCACCGGCCGCGCCCCGGCCGACCUCGGCGCCGUCAACGUCACCACCGCGGGCGCCUCGCUCGCCGUCGUCCGGUCGCCGGCGCCGUUCGCGGGGUCGAACGCCACCGUGCUCGGCGCCAUCACCGCGGUACCCUACAACCUGAGCGUGCUCGCGGUGACCGGCCUCAUCGUGCCCUCCGGGUUCGACCUCGCGGCGUCCGAGUCCCGCCCGCCCGCCGCCGUCAACAUCACCCGCGUCCUCGCCGACGCGCGCGCCUUCAACGUCGCCGCGUCCAUGCUCGAGGCGUCCGGCGUGGCGGACGAGUUCGAGGCCGACGAGCGCGGCGCGGGGAUCACGGUGUUCGCCCCCACCGACGACGCCUUCGCGGGACUCCCCGCCGGCGACCGCCUCCAGUCCCUCCCCGCCGACCGCAAGGCCGUGGUGCUCCGCUUUCACGUGCUCCACUCCUACUACCCGCUGGGGUCCCUGGAGUCGAUCGUGAACCCCGUCCAGCCCACGCUCGCCACCGAGUUCAGCAACGCCGGCCGCUUCACCCUCAACAUCACCCGUUCCAAUGGCUCCGUCGCCAUCGACACCGGCGUCGUGCAGGCGACCAUCACGCGGACCGUCUUCGACCAGAACCCCGUCGCCGUCUUCGCCGUCUCCAAGGUCCUCCUCCCCAAGGAGAUGUUCACCCGCACCGACGGCGGCGACUCCUCCAUCGUCGCCGCCACCGCCGCCGCGUCCUCGCCCCCGCCGGCCGCGACAGCCCCACAGGCCUCCGAGAGCGCGCGGACGCCGCCGACGAAGCUCUCCUCCCCCCCCGCGCUCCGCGGCGGCGGGCAGGAGGACUACGACAAGGCGUCUGCUCCGGCGCCGUCGCGGGUAGCCGGGUGGUGGUGUAUAGCAUUGGUGUACCUACUCCUACUUCCGCUACGUCUGGUAUGAGAUCCGGCCGGACGCUAGCCCAUUGCCGUUCCUCUUUCUUGUGCUCAAUUUUGCUCUUGCUUUUAUUUUCUCUUCUUCUUCUUUUUGCAUUUGGGUUUUUGCUAGAAUCUGUACACUGGGAGGGGGGAGAGGGAGAGAGGUGAAGAUUGAAGAAGAUAUGAUUGAGCUGCAAAAAACAAAAGAAAAACGCAGCAUCCUUUUAGGAAGGAAAAAGAGUUGGUUAUCCGCCAUCAAAAGGGAAAAUAAUAGUACCACCAUGUAAAAAUCCAAUCAAAUCCAUUCUAUUCCAUUUCUCUGGUUCUGCA